AGAGGGUGGGAGUCUGGUGUAAGAGAAGAUGUGAGGUCGGAGCAAGCAGAGAAGAGUGUAUCUGUGCCCUCGAUCUAUGGCUAUAAACUUGUUUGAUAAUGAUAACAUGAGCAAUUUAGCAUUUCUUUUGGUCCAUCCAAUUUCUCUUUUUAGGCCCCACACAGUAUGUGAAGUGCGAUGCUUUCUCUUGCUCUUGUUCAGUAAGCAGCUCCAACUGCAGGUAUGGCGACCCCUUUACCCACCGUGCUUCUGAGGCCACCGUCUCUCUCAGUCGUCCCCAGGUCAAACCAUCUUCUUGCUCCCAAUGGCCUCCAGAAAGGCUCCUUUUCGCACAAUACAGUCAUCAAGGGAAAAGGCCAACGCCUCCGCCUUCUCCAAAGGCAAAUGGGUGCCUCUCAUGGUGAUGGAAUUCGCAAAAGCAGAGAAAUUUCAGCAAAAUCAGCUGGCACUGAAUCUGGCGGCACUUCCUCUUCCACACUUACCCAAAGUGUAGUUGGGCUCUUCCAUUUGAUUGUGUCCCUGGGGCUUAUUCUUGCAAUGGACAAGUAUUUGAAGAAAGCGUUCGUAGCUGCUGCCAUUAAGUUCCCCAGCGCAUUGUUCGGGAUGUUCUGUAUAUUCUCGCUUCUGAUUGUUCUUGACUCCACCCUGCCUUCUGCGGCUACUGCCUUGAUGAACUUCUUUGAGCCUGCCUUCAUGUUCAUACAGAGAUAUCUUCCUUUGUUCUAUGUUCCAUCUUUGGUUGUCCUGCCUCUUUCUGUCAGAGAUAUUCCGCCUGCUUCUGGCAUCAAAAUUUGCCUCAUUAUAGUUGGAGGAUGGCUAGCUACGGUUUGUGUUGCCGGUUUCACGGCUAUAGCAGUGAGAAAAGCAGUGAAGACACAAAUGGUAGAUGCCGAGCCUAUGGGAAAACCCUCCCCAUUUUCUACCUUUGAAGUGUGGAUAUGGACUGGGGUUCUCCUUGCUUCGUUCCUCGGUGCAUUGUUCUACCCAACAGCAUUGGGGACAGCUGCCAGAACUUCCCUUCCAUUCUUGCUUGCUGCAACUGUCUUAGGCUACAUGCUUGGCUCUGGGUUACCAUCGACUGUGAAGAUGGUCUUCCAUCCAAUAAUUUGCUGUGCACUAUCAGCUGAUCUCGUAGCAUAUGCUUUUGGCUAUCUAUCCAAGUCUGGGUUUGAACCUGUUCUUGGGCAUUACCUUACAAAGGCAGCCUCUGAUCCUGGAGCUGGUGAUAUUUUAAUGGGAUUUUUAGGAUCUGUUAUUCUCUCGUUUGCUUUCUCUAUGUUCAAACAAAGAAAGCUUGUGAAAAGGCAUGCAGCUGAGAUUUUCACCUCUGUCAUAAUCUCAACAGUGUUCUCACUGUAUUCUACUGCCCUUGUUGGACGCCUCGUUGGAUUAGAACAAUCUCUAACCGUGUCCAUUCUACCCAGAUGUAUAACAGUGGCACUGGCACUCAGCAUUGUAUCUUUGUUUGAAGGUACCAAUCCAUCUCUUACGGCAGCUGUGGUUGUAGUAACUGGUCUGGUUGGAGCAAAUUUUGUACAAGCAACACUUGAUAAACUUGGUUUUCGUGAUCCAAUUGCCCGAGGAAUAGCAACUGCAUCUAGUGCCCAUGGGCUUGGAACAGCUGCAUUGUCAGCAAAGGAACCGGAGGCUCUCCCAUUUUGUGCCAUUGCUUAUGCUCUGAAUGGUAUAUUUGGAUCCAUACUCUGCUCAAUUCCUGCAGUAAGACAAAGCUUGCUUGCACUUGUGGGCUGAACCCGAACAUGUCAACUUCCCUUGCACAUCUUAUGGCUGAUCGAAAAGAAUUGUAUAGAGCAAUGAAUUAUGUAAUAUUCUCUGAUGGCAAGAAUCUCUUCUUGGCACGAGGGGAGGGUUGCGCUAUUUGAAGUUGUGCUUAUUAGUUAUUACAGCAAACGUUAUUUAUUUAUUUUAUUUAUUUUCUUCCAAUAUAUACAACUUGGAACGGCUGAUAAUGAUAUAUCGUCGCUCAUUAGUCACUA